GUUCAUUUUUAUUACCAGCCGGUAAUCAAUCAAUUUUAAGGUUUUUGAGUCUUCUUCAACCGGUCGUCUUCCCCAAUUAAGCAAAAUAAUCCUCUCCCAAUUUUCGAAACCCUAAUUUUGUUCUUCCAUUCCAUUCUCUGUCAAUUUCGAGGUUUUAACUGACGCUGAGCAAUAAUUGAAUACCAAGUUCAUCUUACUAGGUGGAAAGCUAACUAGAAAGCAGCAGCCAUGGAUGUUGAUUCACAACCAACUAUGGAGGAAACUAUAUUGGUUGGUGAUGACCUAAUGAUGGGGCCACCAUCUCCUGUCAUCCCACAAGAAAUCGCAUCUCAUGUGCUUGAAGGUGUCGAGUUAUGUGAUGGGAUCUUACGGAAUUUAUUUUUGUGUCUGCAGAUUAAUGAUAUCGAGCCUUUCUGUCAAGAUGAACUGGCAUUGUAUAGACAAUGUGCUGAAAAGAGGGACAAGGAACUAAGGCAACGGCUUCAAGAUAGCGAGAGAAAGUUGGGGUUGUCAAUGCCUUUUGAUCAAGCAAAGGAAAGAGCUAGUCAGCUUGAAUCAGAAGUCACAUCAUUGGAGAGGCGCUUGAUUCUGGCAAGUGGAAUUGAAGGCAUUGAAGGAUUUCGUCAAAGAUGGAGUCUGCAUGGACGACUUACAGAUACCAAGAAAAGGCUGGAAUCCUUAAAACUGGGGAUGGAGAAGAGAAAAGAGGAUGAACCAAGCAAAACAUCAACCAGGAAAAGUGGAUUCUUUUGGUAACAGUGGUGGCCUCAGGUGCUUAUAACAAGAAGAUGCAUCACGAGGGUCCAUCACUUAAAAGACAUGGGUCUUGGUUUAGCGUGCUGUAGGCUGUAGGUAAUACGAGGGUGGAAUUUAUUAGUUGUGAAAUCCUUGUUCUCUUCCACUCUCCUUGAAGAUCAAUGCCAAAGUACUUUGAAAAUAUGACGGGGGGUGUUGAGCUUUUUUUUUUUUCCCAUCUUACAAAUUCCGUCCUCCAGAUCACAUCUUUAGCUAUAGUUUGAUAUAAGUAUGUUCAUUUGAAAUUAUAUUUUUGUAUUAGAGGUCGAUGUUGUUGGGCUGGAUGGGUUAAAUUAAGAAUUGACUAAUCCUAUAGAUUGGAUUUGUCCAAACAAUAUAUUUUUUGAUUCUUAUUAUCCAAUCCAUACAUUUGUAAGCCAAUCCAUACAUUCAAUCCAAAAGGUAUAUUUUAGAUUCUUACUAA